GGACUAACCCAUGAUAUGGCGGUGGAAAAUUCGGGAAUGCUAUUCUAUACUGAACAUCGUUACUAUGGUCAAAGUUGGCCACUUGGCAAUGCAAGCUUAGGUAUCGAGCAAUUGAAAUAUCUCAGUCUACCGCAAGCCUUGGCCGACCUAGCUCAUUUUAUAGAGUAUCAAAAGUCGGACAAUCCUAAUCUUAGAGAAUCAAAAGUGAUUUUAGUUGGUGGCUCUUAUUCGGGAAGCAUGGUCACUUGGAUGACUCGUCUGUAUCCCCAUCUAAUUGCAGCCAGUUGGGCAUCAAGCGCUCCACUUUUCGCCAAAGCUGAUUUUUAUGAGUAUAUGGAAAUGGUUAGCCAGUCUAUAAAUCUCAGCUAUGGUCACAACUGUUCCCAACGCAUUGACAAGGGUCUUAAGCAUUUGAGUGAACUGUUCAAAGAAAAUCUAAUUGAAGAAUAUCUCAAGAGACUAAACGCUUGUAAGAAUUUCAAUCCAAAGGAUACACUGGAUCGGGCUGCCUUCUUUAGUGGCAUUAGCAAUUAUUUAGCUUUAAUUGUUCAAAGUUACAGUUCACAUAUACCAAAUCUAUGUGAAACCUUAAUGCUUCUGGACACAAACGAUGAAGAGGCAUUUUUGGCUUUUUUGGAGCUCAUUCAUACUGAAGGCAGAAGAAGCUCAAAUUGUCAGGACUUUGGCUAUGAAGCCGUGUUAAAACUUUUCACCGAGCAAUCAUUAGAUUAUCAGAUUUCUGGCGUUCGUGCCUGGUUCUAUCAAACAUGCAAUGAGUUUGGUUGGUAUACUACAACAACAGCCACACCUGACUUGGUACAUGAAGUUCCUUUGGUUUAUUUCGAAAAUCUUUGCCGAGAUACUUUUGGUCCUGCACAGACAACGGAGAAACUUGCCCGAGGCAUUGCAGAAAUCAAUAAAAGAUUUGGCGGACAUGCCUUUAAUCAUAGUCAAGAAUAUAAAGAAGUUAUCUUUACUCAUGGCCAGUUGGAUCCUUGGAGUGCUCUAGGACUACGCGAGGGUAAAGAUGCUCUCGUUCUAAAUGGUUAUUCACAUUGCCAGGAUUUGACUAGCAUUAAUAUACAUGACUCGGUUGAAAUGAAUCUGGCUAAAUUACGGGUCAUGUCCUUUUUGCGUCGUCACAUAUAA